UUUAUUGCUUCAGCUUACAGAAAUUUAUCGAAUUCCAUCGAUAUCUUUGUUUAAUUUCUUGAGCUCGCGGAUUUGUUGUGAAAUUGUUGCUCGUGUUUUAUUUAAAUGGGACCGCCGAAAAAGUCGAGAAAGGAUCGCAGCGGUGGGGACAAGUUCGGCAAAAAGCGGCGUGCCGAGGAUGAGGCUUUCACCCAACUGGUGGACGACAAUGAUAGCUUGGAUGCCACGGAAUCGGAAGGAAUUCCGGGUGCAGCGUCCAAGAAUGCGGAGACCAAUGACGAGCAAAUCAAUACGGAUGAGUACGGGGCCAAGGAUUAUCGGUCGCAGAUGCAACUGCGUACGGAUCACGGAAAUCGACCACUAUGGGUUGCGCCCAAUGGUCACGUCUUCCUGGAAUCAUUCUCGCCCGUCUAUAAGCAUGCCCACGACUUUCUUAUCGCCAUUUCGGAGCCCGUCUGCCGACCCGAACACAUUCACGAGUACAAACUCACCGCCUACAGUUUAUAUGCCGCCGUUUCGGUGGGACUGCAAACCCAUGACAUUGUGGAAUACCUGAAGAGGUUGAGCAAGACCAGCAUUCCCGAAGGCAUACUGGAGUUUAUACGACUCUGCACCUUAUCCUAUGGCAAGGUCAAGCUGGUCUUGAAGCACAACAAGUACUUUAUCGAGUCACCACAUCCUGAGGUGUUGCAAAAGUUACUUAAGGAUCCAGUGAUCCAGAAAUGCCGCCUCAUACGCAGCGAGGGAGAGGAUUUCAUUCAGGGAACUCUGGACGGUAAGGCUAUUACUCAAUUCGGGACCAAACUGCCAGCAGGAGCCACGGACAAGCCGGCAGCAGAUCCUGCAGCAGCCGCAGGAGCUGUUGUAGCCGCUGAUGGAACCACGGCAGUGCCAGAAGAUAUCACAGACUUCUACGAGAAGAUCGACAAGGAGGAGGAGGACGAGGAUGAGGCCAAUCUGAAGACCGUGUCGUUUGAGGUGGCCCAGGAAAAGAUCGAAGUGAUUCAGAAGCGAUGCAUCGAGAUAGAGCAUCCUCUAUUGGCGGAAUACGAUUUCCGCAACGAUACGAACAAUCCAGACAUUAAUAUUGACCUCAAACCAGCUGCCGUUCUGCGUCCAUAUCAAGAGAAGAGUCUGCGCAAGAUGUUCGGCAAUGGAAGAGCCCGCUCUGGUGUUAUUGUUCUUCCUUGCGGUGCAGGAAAAUCCCUAGUGGGUGUCACAGCAUGCUGCACCGUGCGAAAAAGGGCCCUAGUUCUAUGCAACAGCGGUGUUUCUGUGGAGCAGUGGAAGCAGCAGUUUAAGAUGUGGUCCACAGCUGACGACAGCAUGAUUUGUCGAUUCACCUCUGAAGCAAAAGACAAACCCAUGGGUUGUGGAAUUCUAGUGACCACAUACUCCAUGAUAACGCACACUCAGAAGAGAUCAUGGGAAGCAGAGCAGACCAUGCGUUGGCUGCAGGAGCAGGAAUGGGGCAUCAUGGUGCUGGACGAGGUGCACACCAUUCCAGCCAAAAUGUUCCGACGCGUGCUCACUAUCGUACAAUCUCAUUGCAAGCUGGGAUUGACGGCCACACUACUGCGUGAAGAUGACAAGAUUGCCGAUCUCAACUUUCUCAUUGGACCCAAACUGUACGAGGCCAACUGGUUGGAGCUGCAAAAGAAGGGAUAUAUUGCACGCGUGCAGUGCGCCGAAGUGUGGUGUCCCAUGUCACCGGAGUUCUAUCGCGAGUACCUGACCACCAAGACCUCCAAGAAGAUGUUGCUCUAUGUGAUGAAUCCCUCCAAGUUCCGCAGCUGCCAGUUUCUUAUUAAAUAUCACGAGCAACGAGGCGACAAAACGAUUGUCUUCUCGGAUAAUGUGUUUGCACUGAAACACUAUGCGAUCAAGAUGAACAAGCCUUUCAUCUAUGGUCCCACCUCGCAGAACGAACGUAUCCAGAUCCUCCAGAACUUUAAGUUUAACUCCAAGGUCAAUACAAUCUUCGUGUCCAAAGUGGCAGACACCAGUUUCGAUUUGCCCGAGGCCAAUGUGCUUAUCCAGAUCUCUUCGCAUGGCGGCUCUCGUCGUCAGGAGGCCCAGCGUCUGGGUCGUAUUCUGCGUGCCAAAAAGGGAGCAAUUGCCGAGGAGUACAAUGCCUUCUUCUACACACUCGUCUCGCAGGAUACCAUGGAGAUGAGCUACUCCCGCAAGCGACAGCGGUUCUUGGUCAACCAGGGCUACAGCUAUAAGGUUAUCACGCAUCUCAAGGGCAUGGACACGGACUCGGAUUUGAUGUAUGGCACCCAGGAGGAGCAGGGACAACUGCUGCAGUUGGUCCUAUCCGCUUCCGACUUGGACUGCGAGGAUGAGAAGCUGCCGGGCGAGCCGGGCUACCGUCCCAGUGGCUCGGGCGGCACCGUGAGACGAGUCGGCGGACUGAGCUCCAUGUCUGGCGGAGAUGAUGCCAUCUACUACGAACAUCGUAAAAAGAACGUUGGCAGCGUGCAUCCGCUCUUCAAGAAAUUCAGGGGAUAGACCUAAGAAUAUCACAAACUACUGUGAACAUGAAUAAAAUUCUGAACAAACUUUAAAAA